AUGCCCUCUGCAUCUGUGAUCCUCAGUUCCAAGGGAUGUACGAAGGACUAUGGGAGAUGUAAAUCCAAGUGCCGCGGUCAUUCUGAUAAAGAAAGAGCAUGUCCCAAUGGUAAGGUGUGCUGCAGAAACCGCUCAAAGCCAGCACCUUGGAGCCAAGUUAUAGCCAAGACAAACGACUGUAAAGCAGAAGGAGGAAUUUGCAAGAUAUCUAACAAAAAAUGCAAAAAUCCUCUUCCCUUCAAUUGCCCGAUCAAAGAUUGGAAGUGCUGCAAGAAAACAAAAAGGACCUGCAGACAAAUGGGGGGGAAAUGUAAAAAACGAGAAAAGUGCAAAACGGAAGUCUUAGAGUCCCUUACCACUUGCAAGCGUGGUAAGGUCUGUUGUGAAAAAGGAAAAAAUACUUGCAAAGAUCUAGAAGGUGAAUGCAAAAGGGAAGCCAGAUGCAACAGAGGUAUACGUAAUCCCUCUGUACCGUGCAAGAGAGGUAAGGUCUGUUGUAAUCAAGGAAAAAACACUUGCAAAGAUCUAGGAGGUGAAUGCAAAAAGGAAGCCAAAUGCGACGGAGGUAUACUUACUCCCUCUACACCUUGCAAGAGUGGCAAGAGUGGUAAGGUCUGUUGUGAAAAGGGAACAACUUGUAAAUCACUAAGUGGACAGUGUAAAAAGGAAGACACAUGUCAAAGCAAAGUGUUAAACCCCAGCAAGAAGUGCAAAGCUGGUAAGGUAUGCUGCUUAAUCCGCACCUGUCGCGACCGAGGAGGGAAGUGUAAGAAGGAAGAAAAGUGCAACGGUAGAAUCGUCAAGGUGAAGAAGCCAUGCGAGGAACCCAAAGUCUGCUGUCUAGAGGACCCAGGUACCCCUGAGCCACCGCCACCAACCACUCUUAAACCGGAGCCACCAACCACCCUCAAGCCGCCGACACCAACCACUCUUAACCCAGAGCCACCAACCACCCCUAAGCCUCCGCCACCAACUACACUUAACCCAGAGCCACCAACCGCCCCUAACUCUCCGCCACCAACCACUCUAACCCAGAGCCACCAACCACCCCUAAGCCUCCGCCACCAACCACACUUAACCCAGAGCCACCAACCGCCCCUAACUCUCCGCCACCAACCACUCUUAACCCAGAGCCACCAACCACCCCUAAGCCUCCGCCACCAACCACACUUAACCCAGAGCCACCAACCGCCCCUAACUCUCCGCCACCAACCACUCUUAACCCAGAGCCACCAACCACCCCUAAAGCCACCAACCACCCCUAAGCCACCAACCACUCUUAACCCAGAGCCACCAACCACCCCUAAGAGAGAGCCUAAGCUUCCUAAGCUUCUAAGCCUCCACCACCAACCACUCUUAACCAGAGGACGCCACCAACCACUCUCCACAACCACAAACGACAAUAGCAGAUACAACUACUGCAGAUAUAUAACUACUGCAGAUACAACGACUACAGGUACAACAACGGUAGAUAUAACUACUGCAGAUACAACUACUGCAGAUAAAACCACUGUAGAUAUUACAACCACUGCAGAUAUUACAACCACUACAGAUACGAAUACUGCAGAUACAACCACUAUACAACCACUGCAGAUCACUGAUACAACCACUGCACCACUGCGAUACACUACUGCCGAUCUGCAGAUACAACCACUAUACAACCACUGCAGAUGUAACCACUGCCGAUACAACUACGAUACAACCCCUGCAGAUACAACCACUGUAGAUACAACCACUGCAGAUAUUACAACCACUGCAAUACAACCACUGCAGAUACUGCAGAUACUGAGAUACAACCACUAUACAACAACGACUCCUGAUACAACAACUACGGCCAUCACAACUACAACCAUACCUACCACCACUAGUGCCUUCAACGUAACUGCAAGGCUUCUAGAGCUCGCAACCAUCGACCCUUCCCUGGGGGCUCUGGAAGCGGCCCUGGACGAGGCCAGCGACAGACUCGGCACCAUCGACAGCACCGGCCGAAGGAGAGUUCGGAGGCACGAGCCAGCAACCACUGAUGCCACUACAACGGAUGUCACCACAAGCGAUGCCACUACAACGGAUGUCACUACAACCGAUGCCACUACAACUGAACUACAACGAUGCCACUACAACGAUGCCACUACAACGGAUGUCACCACAAGCGAUGCCACUACAACUGAUGCCACCACAAGCGAUGCCACUACAGCGGAUGUCACCACAACUGAUAUCACUACAACCGGUGAAACUACAACGGAUGUCACUACAACCGAUGCCACUACGGCUGAUUCCACAGCAACGGGUUCCACGCCUGAAACAACCACAACCGACUCUGCCACAACUGGCUCCACAACCUCCGCCCCCAGCACGACACCGCCUCAGGACCGCAUCGACGCCGAAGACUUGCUGACCAGGUACAUCCAGUUCCUCAGCGACGCCACAGCCCCUGUCGACGACGAAAACGCUGACCAAAUAGACAGCGGCACCGUCAGCGCCAACAGCUUCAUCGAAGAGUUCGACGACCUGAUCGACCUGAUCGCGCAGACGGGGAAGAGGAUCACGGACGGAACCAGGGCGCUGCUGCCACGAGCCCGAGGCGACACGCAGCAGCUGCUGGACAGGAUCAAAGACCUCCGCAUAGCUAUCCGAGAGGAACUUGAGCGGCUGAAUCCACUCGCUGAAAACACAAUCACCCUUCCCACACUGGCGCCUUAA